AUGCGGCGCGUGGCCGUCUUAUCGCACGUUAAAGAAAGCACGGCGCCGCCUAGUCAAAGCAGCAGUGGCAGACAACGCGUUGCAUGGCAAGGCGGAAAGAUUGUGUCAAACAAGGAGGAGGCGAUUCGAAAGUUUUAUCAGCGAAAAUUACGCGCAGGCGAUCAACUUACGGCUCAGCAAAUCGAAACGUUGCAGACGCUUAGCGUCAAGAUAGAAUCGGAUGCAGCACACAAACAACAGAAGAAGGUGUAUGCGACGCAUCGACCACACGCCAAAGUUACUGCCAGUGGGUUUGGAACAGUGCUUAAGACAGGUCGCGUACUUGGACCCAAAAUUGGCUUAAUCAAGAAGAAAACGGGGAAAUUGCCGUAUACGAAGCUACAGGCUAGUAAGAUGGUUGCUAAUAAUCUGCAAAAGCGAGCGGUGAGCCGAUUUGUCUCGCUGGAAGAUAAGCUGGAUCUACCGCUGGAUGCUUUAGUCAACGGCAAAAAUAAACGUGGCAGUAAUAUGAAGCGAAAGUGA